AUGUCUAAGAAAUCAACUUGUACUUUCUUUAUUGUCUUCGUAAUCGCUAACAUCUUCUUCUUCUUCUUCUUCUUCUUCUUCUUCUUCUUCUUCUUCUCUCCCUAUAUCUACUCAUUUUUCUUCUUCUUCUUCUUCUUUUUGCUACUGUUCUUUCUUCCUCCUCCUCUUCUUCGUCUUCUUCGUCUUCUUCUUCUUCUUCGUCUUCUCUGUGCGUCCUCCUUUUUCUUUGUCGUCGUUUCGUUAACAUCGACUCUUUUUCCAUCAAUACUACUACUUCUUCCUCUUCCUCUUCUUGCUCUGUCUCUUCUUCCUCCACCUUCUCUUCUUCUUCUUGCUCUGUCUCUUCUUCCUCCACCUUCUCUUCUUCUUCUUCUUCUUCUUCCUCCACCUUCUUCUUCUUCUUGCUCUGUCUCUUCUUCCUCCACCUUCUCUUCUUCUUCUUGCUCUGUCUCUUCUUCUCCACCUUCUCUUCUUCUUCUUCUCUGUCUCUUCUUCCUCCACCUUCUCUUCUUCUUCUUGCUCUGUCUUCUUCCACCUUCUUCUUCUUCCACUCUGUCUCUUCUUCCUUCUCUUCUUCUUCUUGCUCUGUCUUCUUCCUCCACCUUCUCUUCUUCUUCUUGCUCUGUCUCUUCUUCCUCCACCUUCUCUUCUUCUUCUUGCUCUGUCUCUUCUUCCUCCACCUUCUCUUCUUCUUCUUGCUCUGUCUCUUCUUCCUCCACCUUCUCUUCUUCUUCUUGCUCUGUCUCUUCUUCCUCCACCUUCUCUUCUUCUUCUUGCUCUUUCUUCUUCCUCCACCUUCUCUUCUUCUUCUUGCUCUGUCUCUUCUUCCUCCACCUUCUCUUCUUCUUCUUGCUCUGUCUUCUUCCUCCACCUUCUCUUCUUCUUCUUGCUCUGUCUCUUCUUCCUCCACCUUCUCUUCUUCUUCUUGCCACCUUCUUCCUCCACCUUCUCUUCUUCUUCUUGCUCUGUCUCUUCUUCCCUCCACCUUCUCUUCUUCUUCUUGCUCUGUCUCUUCUUCCUCCACCUUCUCUUCUUCUUCUUCUCUGCUCUGUCUUCUUCCCCUCCACCUUCUCUUCUUCUUCUUGCUCUGUCUCUUCUUCCUCCACCUUCUCUUCUUCUUCUUGCUCUGUCUCUUCUUCCUCCACCUUCUCUUCUUCUUCUUGCUCUGUCUCUUCUUCCUCCACCUUCUCUUCUUCUUCUUGCUCUGUCUCUUCUUCCUCCACCUUCUCUUCUUCUUCUUGCUCUGUCUCUUCUUCCUCCACCUUCUCUUCUUCUUCUUGCUUUGUCUUCUUCCUCCACCUUCUCUUCUUCUUCUUGCUCUGUCUCUUCUUCCUCCACCUUCUCUUCUUCUUCUUGCUCUGUCUCUUCUUCCUCCACCUUCUCUUCUUCUUCUUGCUCUGUCUCUUCUUCCUCCACCUUCUCUUCUUCUUCUUGCUCUGUCUCUUCUUCCCUCCACCUUCUCUUCUUCUUCUUGCUCUGUCUCUUCUUCCUCCACCUUCUCUUCUUCUUCUUGCUCUGUCUCUGCUUCCUCCACCUUCUCUUCUUCUUCUCUGUCUCUUCUUCUCCACCUUCUCUUCUUCUUCUUGCUCUGUCUUCUUCCUCUGUCUUCUUCUUCUUCCUCCACCUUCACCUUCUUCUUCUUCUUCUUGCUCUGUCUCUUCUUCCUCCACCUUCUCUUCUUCUUCUUGCUCUGUCUCUUCUUCCUCCACCUUCUCUUCUUCUUCUUGCUCUGUCUCUUCUUCCUCCACCUUCUCUUCUUCUUCUUGUCUGUCUUCUCUUCUUGCUCUGUCUCUUCUUCUCCACCUUCCUUCUUCUUCUUUUUCUUGCUCUUCUUCCUCCACCUUCUCUUCUUCUUCUUGCUCUGUCUCUUCUUCCUCCACCUUUCUUCUUCUUGCUUCUUCUUGCUCUGUCUUCUUCUUGCUCUCUCUCUUCCUUUCUCUUCUUCUUCUUGCUCUGUCUCUUCUUCCUCCACCUUCUCCACCUUCUCUUCUUCCUCCACCUUCUCUUCUUCUUCUUGCUCUGUCUCUUCUUCCUCCACCUUCUCUCCUCUCUCUUCUUCUUCUUUCUUCUUGCUCUGUCUCUUCUUCCUCCACCUUCUCUUCUUCUUCUUGCUCUCUCUUCUUCUUCUUUCUUCUUCUUGCUCUGUCUCUUCUUCCUCCACCUUCUCUUCUUCUUCUUGCUCUGUCUCUUCUUCCCCUCCACCUUCUCUUCUUCUUCUUGCUCUGUCUCUUCCUCCACCUUCUCUUCUUCUUCUUGUUUGUCUCUUCUCUUCUUCCUCCACCUUCUCUUCUUCUUCUUGCUCUGUCUCUUCUUCCUCCACCUUCUCUUCUUCUUCUUGCUCUGUCUCUUCUUCCUCCACCUUCUCUUCUUCUUCUUGCUCUGUCUCUUCUUCCUCCACCUUCUCUUCUUCUUCUUGCUCUGUCUCUUCUUCCUCCACCUUCUCUUCUUCUUCUUGCUCUGUCUCUUCUUCCCUCCACCUUCUUCUUCUUCUUGCUCUGUCUCUUCUUCCUCCACCUUCUCUUCUUCUUCUUGCUCUGUCUCUUCUUCCUCCACCUUCUCUUCUUCUUCUUGCUCUGUCUCUUCUUCCUCCACCUUCUCUUCUUCUUCUUGCUCUGUCUUUCUUCCUCCACCUUCUCUUCUUCUUCUUGCUCUGUCUCUUCUUCCCUCCACCUUCUCUUCUUCUUCUUGCUCUGUCUCUUCUUCCUCCACCUUCUCUUCUUCUUCUUGCUCUGUCUCUUCUUCCUCCACCUUCUCUUCUUCUUCUUGCUCUGUCUCUUCUUCCUCCACCUUCUCUUCUUCUUCUUGCUCUGUCUCUUCUUCCUCCACCUUCUCUUCUUCUUCUUUGCUCUGUCUCUUCUUCCUCCACCUUCUCUUCUUCUUCUUGCUCUGUCUCUUCUUCCUCCACCUUCUCUUCUUCUUCUUGCUCUGUCUCUUCUUCCUCCACCUUCUCUUCUUCUUCUUGCUCUGUCUCUUCUUCCUCCACCUUCUCUUCUUCUUCUUGCUCUGUCUCUUCUUCCUCCACCUUCUCUUCUUCUUCUUGCUCUGUCUCUUCUUCCUCCACCUUCUCUUCUUCUUCUUGCUCUGUCUCUUCUUCUUCCACCUUUUCUCUGCGCUCUUCUUCUUUUUCUUAGUCGUCGUUGUUUUAGAACACUUUUUCUUUUCUCAUCUUGUCGUAGCUGCUUUACAUUUUCUCUCUUGUUUAUAUCCUCCUCUACUUUUUCUUAUUAUUUUUCUCCUCGUUUUUCUCUUCACUUAUUUUACUUCCUGCUCUUCUUUCUUCUUCCGCAGAUUAUUUAUUUUCAUUCUUCUUCUCAUAUAAUUCUUAUUGCCAUUCUACUCCUACCCCUUUCAUAUUCUUCCUAUCCUUCUCCUGUUCAUCCAUUAUAUAUUCUUAGUCUUUCUCUUCUGGCUCAAAUUCUUUUUUUACCGUUAGCUCGUAUACCAACUUCUUCUUCUUCUUCUUCUUCUUCUUCUUCUUCUUCUUCUUCUUCUUCUUCUUCUUCUGUCUGCUCCUUGUCCUACUUCUUCUUCUCCUCUUCCGGCUCUUUCAUCUUCUUCUUCUCCUGCUUCUCCUCCUCCUCCUCAUCAUCAUCAUCUUCUUCUUCUUCUUCUUCUUCUUCUUCUUCUUCUUCUUCUUCUUCUUCUUUUUCGUCUCAGUCUCCUCCUUCUUCACCACUUCGUUUUUCUUUUUCUUCUCCUUCUUCUCCUCCUCCUCAUGUUCUUUCUCCUUCUUCUUUCAUCUUCUUUAUUCUUCUUCAAAAUCUUCUUUUUUCAAAUUCUUCUUCAAAUUCUUCUUCAAAUUCUUCUUCUUCAAAUUCUUCUUCAAAUUCUUCUUCUUCAAAUUCCUCUUCCUCUUCAAAUUCUUCUUCUUUUUCUUUUUUUCUUUGUAUCCCGUCCAUUCUCUUCGUCGCCUACUUCCUUUACUUUCCUUGGUCUCCUUCUCUAACUCGCCUCCUACUUCUUUUCUUGCUCUCCUCCCCAACUUCUUCCCCUUCUACGUCUUUUUUUUCUUUCUUUGCUCUUCUCCUUCAACUUUUUUCCUCUCUAUCACAUCCUACUGCUUUUUUUUCUUUUCUUGCUCUCUUCCUUCAACUUCUUCCUCUGCACCACCCCCUACUUCUUUUUUUUACUUUCCUCCUCAACUACAUUUCCGUCACCGCCUCCUUUUUUUUCUUUCUUUGCUCUCCUCCUUCAACUCUUUCGUCUCCGUUACUUCCGACUUCAUCAUUCUCUUAUUACUUUCCUCCUCCAACUCCAUCCACUCCCUCACCUCCUACUUCUUUUUAUUUUUCUCACUUUCCUCCUUCAUCUCCUUCCUCCGUCGCCACCUACUUCUAUCUUUGCUCUCCUCCUCCGACUCCUUCAUCCCCGUUACUUCCUACUUCAUUAUUUUUUUCUUACUUUCCUCCUCCAACUCACUUCUCACCUCCUACUUCUUUUUUUUUCUUUUCUUGUCCUGUUUCUCCUACUUCGUCCUCUUCUUCUGCUUCUCCUCCUUCUUUCUCUUCGUCUUCUCUCUUUGCAGAAAAGAGAUAUUUUUGCCUCUUAGAUAUUAUGUUCUUUCUCAUUCGCUUGACAACUUUCUAUUACACUCAUUAA